UUGGUCCUGGCUGGAUGGCAGCACCCCCGAGGCCCCCCCUGGUGCUGGCCCACGCGCUCGUGGCGCUCUUCGGCAUGGGCUCCUGGCUCUCCGUCAACGGGCUGUGGGUGGAGCUGCCGGUGGUGGUGAAGGACCUGCCCGAGGGUUGGAGUCUUCCUGCUUACCUGUCCGUGCUGGUGGCGCUGGGCAACCUGGGGCUGCUGCUGGUCACCCUGUGGCGGCGGCUGGCCCCCAGCAAGAGCGAGCAGGCACCCAUCCGCGUGGUGCAGGCCCUGAGCGUGGUGGGCACGGCCUUGCUGGCCCCGCUGUGGCACCGCUUGUCCCCGGUGGCCGGGCAGUCGCACUCGGUGGCUUUCCUGGCACUGGCCUUGCUGCUGGCUCUGGCCAGCUGCGCGUCCAACGUCACCUUCCUGCCCUUCCUGGGCCGCCUGCCGCCCUCCUUCCUGCGCUCCUUCUUCCUAGGCCAAGGCCUCAGCGCCCUGCUGCCCUGCGUGCUGGCCCUAGUGCAGGGUGUGGGACGCCUCGAGUGCCCGGACGCACCCACUAACAGCAGCACCCUGGGGCCGCCUCAUCACUUUCCAGAGCGGUUUCCGGCCAGCACCUUCUUCUGGGUGCUCAGUGCCCUGUUGGUCCUCUCAGCAGCCGCCUUCCAGGGGCUCCUCUUGCUGCUGCCGGCCCUAAAGCCUGCCCCGGCCUCAGACCCGGGGUCUGGCCUCCAGGUGCGCAACCCCGAGGUGCAGGAGGAGGAGGCCUCCCCACUGCAGGAGCUGCCCAGCCCAGCAGCCACUCCGGACCCGAGUCCAGAAGCCGAGAGUCACGGGCUGCUGUGCAGAGGUCGCACUGUGUGCCUGCUCGGACUACUGGCCGGCAGCAACGCGCUCACCAACGGCGUCCUGCCUGCCGUGCAGAGCUUCUCCUGCCUGCCCUACGGCCGCUUCGCCUACCACCUGGCCGUGGUGCUGGGCAGCGCUGCCAACCCGCUCGCCUGCUUCCUGGCCAUGGGCCUGCUGUGCAGGUCCCUGGCUGGGCUAGGGGGCAUCUCCCUGCUAGGAUUGCUGUUUGGCAUCUACUUGAUGGCACUGGCGGUCCUGAGUCCCUGCCCACCUUUGAUGGGCACCACAGCGGGGGUGGUCCUCGUGGUGCUGUCAUGGGUGCUGUGUUUGGGCACUUUCUCCUACGUGAAGGUAGCAACCAGUUCCCUGCUGCAUGGGGGCGGCCGGUCAGCACUGCUGGCAGCUGGCGUGGCCAUCCAGGUGGGCUCCCUGCUGGGUGCUAUGGCCAUGUUCCUUCCCACCAGCGUCUACCAGGUGUUCCGCAGUGGGCAGGAUUGUGUCAACCUGUGUGAGCACUGACUGGGGUCAACCUAGCCAACACUCCAGUACCUAGGCUAAGCCUGGCCGGGCCUCUGAGUGCCCAGGUUCAGCCCGGCCAUACCACCAAGUGCCUUCCCAGGCUCACCUUGCCCAAGCACUGUGACCCCCUUUCUCGCAGAGAUUCACACAAUAAAGCGUUUUUUUAUUCCAUAUUCAGAAGCA